UUGAAGCAGUGGUUUGGGGACCUGGCCUUGAACGUGAUUCUUAGAAUGGUGGCCGGAAAGGGUUAUUCGUUUGCGGCCGAUGAGGAUGAGAAGAAAGAAGCACGUAGGGUUCAGAGUGCAUUGAAGGAGUUUUUUUAUUAUUUGGGGCUGUUUGUGGUGGGUGAUGCGGUGCCUUAUCUUCGGUGGUUGGACUUGGGUGGGCAUGAGAAGGCGAUGAAGAAGAUUGCGAAAGAACUGGAUGCCAUCGUUGGAGGGUGGGUUGAAGAGCACAAGAGAAGGAGGGCAAGAGGUGAUGCUAAAGGGGAACCAGACUUCAUAGACGCCAUGCUUUCUGUGCUUGAUGGUGCAGACCUUGGCGGUUUUGAUGCUGACACAGUCAACAAAGCCACAAGCUUGAAUAUGAUUGCAGGAGGUAGCGAUACGACCAUGGCAGACAGAGUUGUGAGUGAGUCAGAUAUAAGCAAGCUAGUCUACCUCCAAGCCAUAGUGAAAGAAACGCUGCGUUUGUACCCAGCAGCACCAUUAUCUGCACCACGUGAGUUCACCGAGGACCAGUGGCGGAUCCAGGAUUCUGUGGCCAAGGGGGCUUAG